AUGGUAAAAGUUGGGAAACUCAUCAAACCCCAUCAACAACUCUGUUAUGCACAUGGCAUCCAAUUGGCUGUUUUGGAUGUUAUUUAUAAACAAAAUACUUCUUCACGUAGUGGCCACGAAGCAUCAAAUGAAGAAAUGUCAGUGCGAAAUGAGACAGUUAGUGAAAGAGCUGAUGAGAAUUGUGACAAUGACUUGGAAAAUGACAUUUUUGAUUUGUCUUUUCCUACACAUACAAGUGAAAUAAAACUGACUGUGGAAUAUGCAGAAGUUGUUAAGAAGGUACGAAAAGUAGUAAAACUAUUUAAAAAUACACCUACUAAAAACGAUCUGCCGCAGACGUAUAUGACAAAAGACAUGGGAAAAAAUAUUGCUUUAUUAUUGGAUUGUCAAACAAGGUGGUUAAGCCUGUGCGAAAUGAUAACAAUAUUCAACAAAAUAAGAUCGUGCGUAUCGAAAACCCUGAUUGACUUAGGUCUUGGUGCAAAUCAUGACUAUGUUUUCACUGAACAGGAAUAUGAUGUGCUAAUGGAUCUAGAACGAAUAUUACAGCCGGUAAAAUUAGCAGUCGAAGUUUUGUGUAGACGUGAGUCUAAUUUGAUUACUGCGGAAACUACUUUGAGAUUUAUUAUUAGCAAACUGAUAAAUAUUAAUAAACCGUUAGCCCGAAAACUUGUUGAUUCGUUGAGGAAACGGAUUUCAGAGCGGCGAACUCACUUGACCGCGGUUUUAUUAUACUUACAUGAUCCACAAAAGUACGAAGAAGACAAAAGUCAAUUUAUUUAUGAUGAAACAUUCAAUCUACCUCCAAAGAGUGUAAUACGCAAGGCCAUCAAAAAUAUAGUAGAAAGGCUAGAGUACACAGGAAGCAAUGCAAUAACCACUACUCCUGUUGAUGAUCCUUAUGACGGCAUCCCUCUCUUAAUCUCGAGACGCAAACGGCAGCCGCAGCACCAAUGUCACUUGAAAACGAACUCGAACUGA